AAUAGAGGAUAGAGAGGCAAAGAAAGAAGACAGGGAGGGAAAUAGAAGACUUGAAAAGGAAAGGAAAAGGUUUAUAUAUUACAGAAACACGUCAUUAUGAUAUGCGUUCCAAAUUUGAAUUUAUUAACACCGCCUGUCACCAAUCUAUUUGGAAUUAUAUUUUGUGUUGUUUCCAUAGUAACUGUCACUGCUAACUUAAUUGUAUUGAUUAUAUUAAAAGCAUGUCUGGAAAAAAACAAAAGCAAUAAAAUAUUAACAUCAUUAGUUGUGGCUGAUAUUUUAACUGGUGUAUUUGUGGCACCUCUUUUUUCAUGGCAAUUACAAGAUGAGAAGGCGAGGUAUGAUUGUGAGAUUGAUAUCAUACGCUCUAACUUAACGUUUGUUCUAAUUGGCUGUUCGUACUGCACGCUGGCUCUCACAGCUUAUGACAGAUAUAUGUUAUUGACAAAGCUGAGUAAUUAUUCCCUUUACAUGCCGAAAAGAAAAGUUAUUUUUCUAAUUACGCUUAGUUGGUCAUUUCCUACUGCGUUACCAUUGCUGCGAUAUGCUGGCAAAUUUCAAUGCUUGUUGAUGACAUCAGCUGUAUACAUUGGUCUGUUUCUUUCUCUCAUUGUUGGCUAUGUGCAGAUUUUGAGAAUUUUACGUGAAAAAGAAAGACAUUUAAACACGUAUAAAUGCAAUCCAGUAUUUGUUAUAUCCAGCCGUGCACAGAGUAGAAGUAAACGAAUCAAUAAACAUGUUAUUAAGUUAGCUCGAUCGAUUACAAUCCUAAUUGGGUGCCAUUUUGUCUGUGGUAUUACAGUUGUUACUUGGGCUAUUAUAUACGUCAUCAAUACUGUGACGCCAUUUAUGACGGCAUAUAACAUGCAAAUUUUAUACGUCACAGCUAUGCUAAUGUUGACAAUCAACUCCAGUUUAAAUCCCUUUAUAUAUUUUGUUAAGAUUCCGGAAUUUCGAAAAUCGUUAUAUCGCAUUUUAGGUUUACAGGGAUGAUCAGCAAAGAAGAUUUUUGAUUUCCUUGUGCAGAUGAAUGAGAUAAAGAAUAUGCGUUUUCAUAAAAAAAGCUGGUC